CCAUUGAGGCUUGGGCCGGCUCUGGCUAUGAGCCACAAAGCUUUGAACGCGGAAGUAGGCGGUACUUGACGUGGUGUCUGUGAUUUACGAGGUGCAGUUGAAUGCAUCAUCAGGGAGGAGUUAGCAAAGCAGUGAAGUUUAGCCUAGCAGGAAACACCGAAGCUACCGCUGCAGCGGUGGAGGAACAAGGAGCGGUUUUUUAGUUUUUAACCGGUGCUCAGACGCGUUAUUUCCUCGGCUAUACUGUAUCUACUGGAUUCUCGGACUUGCUGUCGGACUGUUGGUUUAUUCCUGGUUGGACUUUGUAUGAGAAGAGUGGUCCCCCGCUAACUAAACACCGUACACUAACCGGAGCUGAGAUCGUUUAACUGUGGACAUCAGCGGAGCAACGGCCGUUUCAAACCAGGUGGGCUGUGGUGGGAGCUUUAUGUUUGCACAGAGCCGGUCCCUAAAGGUGUUUGUGAGGCUGUGAGACAGGUGGCCGACAAUAGGAACUUAACCUAUUCAUCUCAGCCACCUGUUUUCUACUCUCCACCUGAACAGCUACAACUAAAGCUAGUUCACUUGCUAGCUGGCUAGUCUUCCCAACAUUCAAGUGCCGUAUCACUCUCUAACUUUUUCCCCACAGUCAGAGAAAUAAGUGUUUAAAUUAAUCUGCUGUGUCAUAGGUAACUUUUUAGUGUAUAAUUUUCUUUUUUAAACAGCAGGCUAAAAUUUACAAUCAUGUUUUCAACACUCCCAUCUCUACAAGCAAACAAAAGGCAAAUUAACACUGAAGUAAAUACUUAUUUUGGACACUAACCAGGUAACAAAACACCCUUACUCAGACACUCCCUCAUUACUAGUCAAGUCUUUUCAUAGCUCUUUUCCUGUAAUACAGCCUGUUCUCAGUGUCUGUUACCAUUUGGCAUCUGCAUGAGACACACCUGGCUGAUAAUCAACCCAAAUUUGAUCCACGUUAGAGGCUGGAAGCAACUUCUCUGGUAGUCCCAACAUUUGAGAAGUCAUGUGGUGUGGUGGAAAGGUCGAUAGAGUCUAAAUGGAGUGGUAUUAAGGGGCAGUAAAUGAAGCCAAAAACAGGGCUUCAGCUUGAGGGUCUAGGGUUUUAGUCUUGUUCAACUGUGGGAAAAUAUAUAUGACCAUUAGUCACCAUCUUUACCCACAACAUGACGUGUUUCUUAAUCUUCUCACCAAGAGGGUUUUCCCCUCUAAGACCACUCUUUUGUCUUUUGUGCUUAGGUUUAAUCCAUUUAAUGUCAACUAGGCUAGAGAGUACCAGAAAAUAGACCCAACCAGAUAUGGAGAAGUGGGAAAACAAACCUUAAAACUGACCUUAAAUUUCAGGUCAGUAAUAAUGAAAGCUCACGGAUGGUCCUUUUAAGCAAACCUCAGCAAAAACUAAGAGGCACAGGAUGGAAUUGAUUUGAUACAACUUAGGGCUGGGCGAUAUGAUAUAUUUACAUUGUGUGUGCUCUGCUGUGUGACACUGCUUCAGUGCUGUCAGCUUCACGUGUUAAAGAGCUAUGUUGCGUGUAGCUGCCGCCUGCUACUAUGCAAUUGUUUGCUACUUGGUUCUAAUUCAGCACAUGAUUGGUUCAGUAUGAAGCGGACUCGUAGAAACUCCGCGUUUCAUUGGCUAUUCGUAUAGUUUGCAGACUAUCAAAAAGCAUAUUGACCAUGAUUUGUAUUGAUAUUGAGGGAAAUUAAUUUUCAAUAUAUAUCAUUAUCGUUUUAUCGCCCAGCCCUAGCUCAGGUUGUCCCUGGCAUUGCUCCUGUUAUUCAGAGUUAGCUACUGUUGUUAUAGAGCAGGGGUGGGCAAUCAUGUGCCAUGGAGGGCCGGGAGGCUGCAGGUUUUCUUUCCAACCCAAAACUCCACCAGGUGAUUUCACUGAUUACCUCACCGCCAAGCAGAGAGCAGGGACUAAUCAGUGAAAUCACCUGGUGGAGUUUUGGGUUGGAAAGAAAACCUGCAGCCUCUCGGCCCUCCAUGGCACAUGAUUGCCCACCCCUGUCAUAGGGUGUUGUCUAAUUAGAAUGAAGUAUUAAACACAGCCAGGUUACAGAGCUGAGUUCUAAUUCUGAUUCAUUUAUCAAUUCAUGAUUUGCUGAUAAUGAAAGGGUGAUUAGAGAAGGAGAAAACUGGAAAGCUGCAGAUUCUGGUUCAUGUUUCUGCUACUGCAAUUCUAAGACCCUUGUGAUGAUGGCACCACCUUGUGCAGCGGACCAGCAAAGGCUACAUUUUUAAUGUCGAAACAACCCUUACCCUCACUCUAGCUGUUGUAACAAAAGGCUGUAGAGAUGUCGUCCCAGAAUAACAGCCCUGAAACUCCCUCUCUUUUUGUGUUAGACAUACAGAAAGAAUUUUGGUUUUAGCAUUUUUAAGAUUGUUUUCUGUUAUUAUUGCUUAAAAUUGGCAAAUUUGUAUGCAUGUAGUAACUCCAAAAUACCGAAAAAUCUCAUAAAACCUCAUGUCCUCUGAAAUGAAUUGGCGUUAGAAACAUUUAUUUGCCUCAUUUGUACAGAAAGUAGUCAAGAUUUUCCAACUUGAAGCAUUUUGUUCAGAGUUACAGGAGCCUAGAAAAAAGAAAACAUAAUCACAGGUAGUAAGCGUGAGAUUUCUCACUCCCCCUGGUCUGUAGCCAGGUGAGACGUAGUUGUAGGCUGUGUUGCAUAAUUGCGGAAAUGUAUGGCUGCAGCAAGGUGUGUCUCCCCAGCAGGUAUGUUAGUAAGCUCUUUGAGUCAACGGUCUGGUUUUUGCAUGAGUAACUGGUGCGUUUGGGGUGUACAAGGAAGGAGCGUUUCACCGGUUUGGUUAGUUCUGUCAAAGUCACAACACAAUGUCAACACGCUUUAAUACGAUCAAUAACACUUCAUAGAUUUAUACUCACAUUGAACCCCUUCAACAAAAAUCCAGCUCUCCUAUUUUACCCUUUUUUUGUAUCCUUCAUCUUUCAUUUGAUCUGUUGUGAUUUGUAGGAAUAUGAAAACCUCUUUUCCUUUUCAAUUCCUAGUGCGAUCAACUCUGAGAACAAAAGUCGAAUUCUACUCAAUCAGGAAACCAAAAGCAGCAAAAAAGUUGCACAAUUCAGACAAGAUAAAGCUGAAGGACACAACAGCCAUGUUCUUCCAACUCCACCUGCAGCACUAGGCAAACAGAAAGCCUUUUGUUCUCGUCGCAGUUCGUACUAUUCCACCUGCAUGGCAAAGUCCACCUGAAACUAUGAUGGUGGCAAAACAAAUAGCUCCUCCCAAAUGUAGAGCAGGCUGCAGAGAAGCUCUCCUGCUUAUUUCUGAUACAUUUCAAAUAUUAGGACCAGUGUGGGAGUUGUAUUAGCUUAAAUAUGUAGGUCAGGCUCAUCACAGUUAGACGUCUAAGGCUCUUUUUCUUGAACUUUGAGCUAAUUUAUGUAACCCAGAGCUGGCUGAGGUGAUGUCCACGAGGCAAACCUCGCCUGUAAACUUCAAACAGAGCGCCCGGCUCAGACUGUCACGCUGUGUUUAGCAUGUUAACUGUUAACUCAAUUCCUGCUUCACCUCUUCCAACGUGCCAGACGGAAUCAGGCAGGGGUGGAGGCUUUUUCGUCCUGCGGUUUUCUAAUGGGAUGGCAUAGGAAGUAGGAGUCUUAUAAAAUGUUCUCUGCAGCACUUAUUAUUCCAGGACAGAGCUCGUGGUGAGAUGCCAUGAGCGCUUGUGGAAUUGGUGGAUGCAGCGUGACUUUUGACAAUAAAUCUGAAUUGAGUUUUAUUCUUAGUCAUUUUUUUUGUGGUUGAUUGUAGUCAUGUUUUGGUUAUUGGGUCUUGUUAGUCAAGAUACAGUCAGAGGAACUGCGUUUCAUUUUUGUCUGCGUUGAUCUAAGACUUAUUUUGAAUUUGUUAGAAUUUCCUUAAAGAGUUUUGUCCCAGUUUUUCAAAGAAAGAUUUAGUUGGUCAUCCUGGCUGUGAAUGUGCUUUCUCACUAAAGGUGCUUACACACCGGGGCAUGAAUAUACAACGCGAAUAGAACACGAAAUCACGAAAUAUUCAGAGGCGAAUUUUGACGCGCCUGACUAAACACAUCAAGCCCAACUUUCUGGGGGAAAAAAGACGCAUAUGUUGGAUAUACCGGUGAAUCUGACGUCGCAACAACACACAAUCUGAUUGGUCAGAAGUGGACACACAGUAUGCAAAAAUUUUAGAAAAAUCGACCAUGAUACGAAAAAAUAAAUGCCGCAAUAUCGCAGAAUGGGAAAACGUAGCUGAUGUGAACGCUUGUAUUGACAGGAUGCAGGUUCAAAAAAAAAAAAAAUAGUGACGUCCCAAAUAAUUGCAUGACAAAAAUGGUCCCGGUGUGUAAGGACCUUUUAUACUCUGCCUUUGUAAUAUGAACAAUGAAUGUCUAAAACUGUAAUGCAGAGUGCAACUCAGAUUCUCUAUUCAGUACAUGGAGCUACAUUUAACUGAAUUAUAUUUCUGUUUGCUGGAUGACUCUGCGUCUUUAUUUUCCUCUAAAGAAAUCAUAUAUCAUAUAUUAGACAGAGUGGUCCUUUUAAGGUCGCUCAGCCCAUUAAAUUUAGUGUUCUGUGUGAAUGGUGCACCACAUGCUAACUGCGAAUGUGUCCUCCUGUCUCGAUCGCUACACUGGCUAGAAAUGCUACCUUGGUGCAAACGAUUGCAGAGAGAUGAUUCCACAAAGACAUCUGUCCGAAAUUUUAAGAAAUCAUGAUCGCGAUUAUUUUGAUUGAAAUUACCCAUAAUUUGAGUGUUUUGUCUUUUGAAAUCCUGUUUUUUUCCCUCCAUGUCUUAUCCAAAAAGCACUCCUUCCUCAUGGAGAAUGAUUCGCCUGGUCUUGUGUUAAGUAUCAUGAUUAGGCUUUCAAUUUUUGAAACGUCUGAUGUAUCAUUUUGGGGCUUUUAAAGUGACAUCUAACAGCUAGUUUUGGUUGAACAUUUAAAUGGUCAACCCGAACACAGAAAGGAUGGAUUGUGGUUUCUACAAAGGUCAGCGAGGAAAUCUGUUCAAAAGUUUGUCUAGGGUCAUCAGCUGCUGUGCAAACCCGUGUAAAGAGGCUGUUGUCCUUUCGCGAGUUUUAACCCCAACCACAACCCUUUGCUGCAUGUCCUCCCGCCCUCUAUCUUGGCUUCCCACAUAUCCUCUCUCUCUCUUUCUCUCUCUUUUCAGCUGUCUUUUCAUUCAAGGCAAACAUUUCAAAUUGUCCUGAAGGAAUCAGCAUCUUAACCAAGACGGUUUUGUCUUUUCCAGGCUUUACCCACAAUUAGAAUGAGACAGAGUUGGAAACAGACCAUCUAUUUGAUUAUAUCCACUGCAGUUUUCUCUAUGGUCGACUCUGGUGCCUUUGAGGCUCUGUGAUUCUGCGUCAAUAAUCGGAGGGAUAUUUCAAAUCUAUAGGUUAACCCUCAGGAACAUAUUGGGAAAGAAAAGCGGCAGUAAGAGGCCCAUAUCUGUCUGUUACAAGUGCCAAAAAAUAGAUUAAUGUGUCACUGAUAUGACACGGUUGGCUCUAUAAAUGUCGAGCCAAAAGGAAGAAGUGGUUUGUCGGCAACUUGGAGAUUAAUUUGUUUCCAACAAUACUUGUCCUCAUCUAUUGAACACAUUCAAAUUUAGCUAAAUGACUAUGUUUAAACUUGAGGGGAAAGAACAACAGUUUUUUCACAGGAUGGAUAAAUGUUAUACUCAUGUUUUCAACACUCCUUUCACUUCAGGUAAACAAAGACAAAUUUAGACAAAAGUAAGUGCUCAUUUUGAGCACGAACUCAGGCAUAAACAUCGGUGCUUCCACUCUCUGUCAUUACAAGUCCUGUCCUCCUGCAGUAUUGAGUCUGUUCUCCGACUCUGUUACCUUUCAGUAUGUGAUUAAUCACACCUGGUUGACCGUCAACUUCAUUAUAAACUAAUCUGCCGCAAAAUUAGAGGCUUAGAGAAACUGCCAGGGUAAUUCAGCCGAUGGGACUGUUUGGAAGAUGAAGUAUCCGAAUGGAAAGCUUGGUCAUGUUGCUAAUGUUAAUACUUCAGGGUCAUAGAUGAACCUCAGACCCCUGAGUCUGGGGGUCGGAAGUUAGUUUUUUUGGCCAGUUUUAAUUCAUUUGAUAGCGACCAUGUCAAAGAGGGAGGUGUAAAGGGGUACCUUGAAACAGACCGGACUAGGUGCCAGAAAGAAGGAUGACAGAUGCGAAAUAAUAGCUCAAAGUGAUGGGUGCUUUACCUCCAAUCUCCACCGCAUCCAGAAUGGCUACGAAAAGGCUGUAUCUGCCGAUCACAGCUGAUCAUAACCAUUCAAGUUAAUGUGUCGAUUUCCACCGGUUUAAGACAGAUCCAAUGAAAUGUUUGAAAGACAGCAGUGGCCAAAGGGUUUUAAAAAUAUUUCUGACGAGAUGUUAAAAUAAUUCAAAGUAUAUUCAAAGGAGUUGCUUGAAAGAGACUCAAAAAAGUGUUUGAAUAAAGAAGAAAAGACUUCAAAUUAUCUCACAAUAGUACAUUCAUAAUAACAACUAGAUGAAACCCUUAAACAGGCACCAGAGUUUUAAUGAAAACAAACAUUAAGACAUGCUGCCUUGUGCCUCUGUGUUUCAUGUAAAACAGCAGUAAUUGAUCGCCCUAUAUGAACAUGUGGCUUAUUAAGUCCCAGAUCUGUCAUGUGUACCACAUAAUGUAUCACGCUGCUUUGUGAGUCCAUUCAUAGUCUUAAGUGACAAAUCAAAUCCAGCACUAUAGACCUGAGUUUUUCCUACAAUGACAUGUAAAGUCCCUGUCAUGAGGGUUAUGUGUUUGUGUCUCCUCCUGUCCAAAAUAGCCUUUUUUCCCCCCACAUUACAGAGACAGUCUGAGCUUUCAUUCUGAGACUGUGUUGCUCCUUCUCAGCCCCCCCCUCCUCUCUGCGUCUCUGUGGUUCUGAUUACAGGAAAAGUCAGAAUGAGCUGAUGGGGGAUCUUCUAUCUGCCGACCACACCCAAAAACUGACAAGAUCUUGUUUCUGUUUUGUUUGUGGAAGGAAGCAUCUCCCUUGUUGGCUGCGGCGGCUCUGACUGCCUUCCUCCUCCCCCAGCUCUCUCUAUUGAGUUGGGCUCUUGGUUGUAAAUAUUCAGCCCUGAAUGUCAUGCUGCACAAACGACCCCCCCCCACUCUGCUCACUUCACGGACCUGACACAAAUCACACCACAACCCGCAGAAGACGAUCAAACGCUAACUUGAGAGGAGUCGUUUCCAUCAGCAGAACCAAGAAUAGCUCAGUGAUGUUGAGUUUGAGAUCACAGAGAGGUGUCAGGCCACACGUCGCUGAUGGAGACGGAACAUUUAGAGGUACUGUCAGAUCCAAACUCAAAGUUGAAGAUGAGCUCUAAAACAUGCUAGUGAUGUCUGAGUACAUGUCUUGAUGGUGGAGGUAAUCUAGCCUUUUGGGUGAUUUAGCAAAGCUCUUUAUUAUAUUUACAUAUUGAUGAUAAGAUCGAAAAAAAAGAUUUGAACCCUUAAAGCACCUACACAUAACCCAGAAGGCUGCACAUGAGAAUGUGGGUGUCAGCUUUAUGUGACGAAGACCCCAACCAGACUUUCAUUUACCCAUCACCAAGUGCAAAGUAUGUAUGAAACCCAAGUGAGUUAGUGCGGGAGGACUCCGUGUUGUUGUCAGCUCACCUCAGUUGCUUGCAUUUUCGAUUUUUGGACUUUGCAUUUGUCUUGUAUUGUAUACAUCCUCUAAGUGCUUUCAUACCUACACAAAACUUCCCUUCUGUAUGUGUGACCAAGGCGGGCAAAACUCUUCACUCAACCUGUACAUGGAGGUUUUACAGCUUUAGUUUCAGGGUGUAUGUGAGAGCACAGUUAGAGAUCAGUGGGAGGGUUUUCAUGUUCUUCUCUAAUGUAACUUUUGUUGAAUUUUACUGCUUAGCUGAAGAAUCCUCAGUGUCCGUCAGUUGCAGGGGAUGCCAGGUUCUGCUGUUUGUUAGUGUUUUUAGGUCUCACACAUGCUUAAAUGUGCUCGAGUAUGAAAGUGUAGACCAGUAGACCAGUUCCCCAAAUAAUCCUUCCAGUCCAGAAUCACUUUAUGUGACACCAACUGUUUCUCUAUUUGCAUUGUCAGAGGACAGGGAGGAGGGUUUGAUGCUCUGAGGAGAGGUAUAGAGAUGAAUUAAUGGCAUUUUGAAUAAAUGAUCAGCAUCAUAUCAGCUUUGUCUCUCACAGGGUUGAUAUAUAUCACCGUUCUCUUUUCCACAUAAAAACAGGUUUUUCCUUUCCCCAAAUGACAGCCUGUCAAAUCUCAGACAGUCACUGGCUCUAGUUCAAUAUGAAUUCUGUUAUAAUGUGAAAGAUUAAUGCAGUUUAAUGCUUCAGGCAGAAACAUCAAUCAUGAUCCGCAAUCUGUAGCAUAACCCCAUAUGUUUGCCUUUUCAUCAGCUAAUAUGAAGUCCAUCAACAUGUUACUGGCUAAGAUAACCAUAGAUAUCAAAAUUCAAUGUGCACGGGGUUAUGGGUUUGACCCUUCUUUCUCUUUAUUUUUCAAUAUUUCAGAUGACUGGACAGAAAUUCCCUUCAGUGCAAAAUUUUACAGACGUCAUUAUUUUUCCUUAAAUUUGUUUUUGAGAAGCUCGGCAAUUUUGCUGCUCAUACAAAAGGAAAAAUGCAACAAUGUCAUUGAUCAGUUGUUAUCAGUAACAGGAGCGGCAUUUGCAGAGGAAUUGGUGCAGUGGUGACAGGAGCCCAGGAUUAUGGUUCUACGGCGGUACAGACACUUAGCAACACACUUAGAUAGAAGCACUUUUAAACAGAGCACCAGUGUGUACACUAAAGAGAGACAUGGGUCAGGAUGAAACACAAUCAUCACACACUCUUCACUCAUUUGUCUAUCCUGUAGAUGCGAUCAGUUAUUUGUUUGAUUGUGGAAAAGAAAAGAAAGUAUUGUGUUAUCACCAAACUUGUUUUAAGUAGACUUUAUUGAAAGCAUUGACAUUAUCAUAGCGAUGGAUUUUCACACAUGCAAUGUGUGUGUGUGUCUGAGUAUAUCCAGUCACUAAGAACUCAUCUCCUCUCUUUUUAGACUGUCUUCUGUCUGUGUGCUGUGUGUUUCAGGGCAGAAUAGGAACUAAGUCCGAUCCUGACUAGCCAGAGCGCAUUUUAGGAAGAGGCGUCGGUGUGCAUGUGAACAUGUUCACUGGCAUAGCAGUUAGUGGAUGAAAUAACAUGAAGAUAGAAAUUUAGCUUGUGGUUUUUAAAUUGGAGGACAGAUUAAAACGAGAAUUUAAAGCAUUAAAGCAUGUCCAAUUCAGUUCAAAGCUUAACUGUCCCUUGAGAGAAAUUUGAAUUGGGAGUUCAUGGAGCAUCGUAGUAGCGAACGACCAACAGGUUGAUUGGAGGUAAUCUUGUUUAUUAAUUAAAAGUAAGAAAUGUGUCUGUAAAAUCUUUUAAAAGUGAUUGUAAAAGUGGAUCUCUGUUCUUCAGUAAAGGGUGAUUAACAAAUUUUUAAAAUGUUGUGAAAACAAAGUCCUUACCCCAGGCCAAACUGCACAGCAGUUAUAAAUGUUGUCUUUUUUUAUCUAAAACUCAUUUGAAUAUUGCUGGCACUAAAGGUCAUAUUUAUUUAAAGGAGGCACUUGAUUUCUUUUUGGCAAAGCUUAUUUUAAUGAAAUAGAGACACAGGGAGAGAGCGUUCAGAGACACACUCUGCAGCCUCAGAGGACUGGGAAACACUUGUAACAGCAGCUGUCAAACAGGUUCUGCUCCUCCUGUGUAAACGGGGUUUCUUUCAAAGCCGCAUUUUUGACACCGUUAAUGUGACUGAAAGUGUCUGUACUUCAACAUUAUGACUUGAUCAGAUAAACUCAAGGAAGGGCUCAUUUUCUACACACCUUUUUUCCUGUCUCGCAGCAAGUUCUGGCAUAGCUGUUGAUUGCAUAAGUCCAUAAGUCGAAUGUUUUGGAUGCCAGGCAUUUCCUGGCCGUUCAUUCUUACUCUAAGGCACUAUGCUAGCUAUGUCACCGAGAGACCUGGUCCAUGUAGCAGCCCUGCUGGUCCAGCCACUUCUUCCGAGCUUCUUGUUGUCGUGUUCAGGCAUGUUUGUGCACUUUUUUCCCCUCCAUUGACUCCCUUCUCAACUCAGAUGGCUCGGUUGAUAUGCUGGGAAUUUGAUGACCUCACUGAACCGUGGAAGGAAAGAUAACAAAUGGCAUCCCGCUAACUGAGAGCGAACACAUCUAUAGGCCAAUACAGUCGACACAUGUGAGACUCACUGUGCUGCUAUGAGGGAGUCUCUGUGAGAACAGUCAAUAAACCAGUUUAAUUUGCUAUCAUAGGUAAAUAUCACUCGUAGCUUUAUCGAGCUGAAGGAUGAGCUCACUGUAGAUGAAACAAAGUGGCAAUAGAUUCAGCUUUAAGUCAUUUACACAUGUUCUUUGUUUUUUUGCCAAGUAACAUUCCAGUCAAAAAAAUCCAUAUGUGAGGGUAAAAGUAGGACAUGACAUAGUUUCACUGUGCUGCUCCUCUAAACUGGUUUCUAUGACGCUCACUUCUGACCUGCUAUUGUUCUUCUGAUGAGCCUAAAACUAACUGGUACUUCCCUUUAACAAUAACAACUUUGUCUACUGUCUUUGCGAUAUAAGUGAACCAACCUGCCAAACUGUGUGGUCUUUUUUUUUAAACUAAAGAGUGUAAAUAAAGCGUGUUUGCAAAUUUUGUUUUUAAAUGACACUCUUGGGGAAGAUUCUCACUGAUACUGCAACCACAGUAUCAUAUGUACCAUUGUGUUGCAUCACCUUUUUAAUAACACUCUGUAAAUGUUUGAGAACCAAAGAAACCAGUUUUUCAGACUUUUUCAAAAGUGGAAUAUUUCCCCAUUCUUGCCUGAUUAUAAGAUUUCAGCCGCUCAACAGAUUGGUCUCUGGUCUCUGUAUUUUAUGGCCUAAUAACAAGCCAGAUGGUUCCUCUGCAGCAUCCAUGAUUCCCACAAAGAGUGUCACACUGUGAUUCGUCAGACCAUUCAUCCACCUGGCCUCUGCUCAUCUUAAAUGGGUUUGGCCCAGAGAAGUCUCUGGUGUUGCAUGUUUCUAUGGUUCCCUCUUUUCAUGGUGCAGUUUUAACCUGCAAUAGCGGGUGCAGCAUUGUUUGGUUUUUGGAUUUGAUAUAUCUGACACAGAGUCCUGUCUGUUUUCCAUGCAGUGUUGCCUGAGGGCCUGAAGAUCACCAUUAUUCAUUAUCAGUUACCUGCUGGUUUGGGAAAUUUAGCUCAUUUCCUCAUUGGUUAACAAUGGUCUUCAUGAAUUUGCAUAAUUGGGGGCGUGGCUGAUACGUUGGAGGGGUACAUUGUAGCUCAUCUCAGCUUCCCCUCAUUGUUUUUUUUCGUGGUCGAUCAAAAGUUAGUUUGAGUCAGCAUUUCCAACUCCGCACCUGCCAUUGUUGGUCUGUCUCAAAACCACUUAAUUGAUCUUAUAACCUUUUGCAACCUUUUUGCCUAUCACUGCAACUUCUCCAGAAUUUCACCAGACAUCUUAUCUCCUCUACAACUGUGGACAUUUACCCCAAAUAACUUUGAAGAUAUCAAAUCAUUUAUUCCCCUAGGUGAGCAAGACGCUCUGUUUUCCAGAUAGAGCCAAAUACAUGACAGUGGAAAUGAAUCCCCAACUGCACUAUCGAGUUAUUAGGGGUGGGAGAAAAAUAGAUACAGCGUAGUAUUACGAUAUUUUAUCUGGUGAUAUAUUGUAUCGAAUUUUCAAUUUAAUUGUGAAUAUGAAGUCAAAUCUAUGAUAAUGGAAAAAUAAAAUCAACUGUUUGACAGGUAUGGUUGGCAGAGGUGACAUCAUAGAACAGCAACAGAUAUAUCAGGUUUGCAAGAUGUGCUACAUGAAAAUAAAAUACGGCAUAAAUAAGACAAACAAAAAGGAAAGACAAAUGCUAAAUUAGCUAAAAAAAAUUAAAAAUUAUAUAAAUCGCGAUAAAAUUGUAGCGCAAUACUCACUUUUUUAUAAAAUGUUAAAAAUCGCAAUAAUAUUGUAUCGUGGCCCAAGUAUUGUGACAAUAUCGUAUCAUAGGUCCACUGGUGAAUCCCACCCCUACUAGUUAUGUUAGUGCGAUUAUGAGAAGUUCAUGUAUUAAACAAGUUAAGAUUUAGCUGGACUAAGCAAUAAAUACUUUUUUAAAACAAUAACUAAACGUACUGUGUGUUUCAAACUUUUAACCAAUCAGAGGGUCUGUUACCAAUGUAAGUCAGAAAGGAUCUCAGUAACUGGUUUUAUUAUAGCAUAGCACCUCAGAUACCAGGAAAGUGUUGCUCAGGACAUUAUGAAAACAUUGAAACUGAAAAGCACAGUGCAAUAUCAGUGAUGCCAAUUCAAUCAACAUUUAAAAUCAAACAUUUUAGACCCUUCAAUCACAUAAAACCUGUGAAAUGUCGAGACUGCCCAGAGCAAGACAAGAAUACACUUAUUCUGAACAAUUGUUGUCAAAUGAUCAUGUAGUGAAAUGAGCAUUAUUGAAAAGCUUGUUGCCUUGUUUAACUAACUGUUAAAGUUUCUACUUGAACAUUUGGGCCACAGCUAAACUGUGUAGGGUUUUAGAGAGCGCAGAGGAGGUUAAUCAAAGUGUCUGAACUAACAGCCUUAAACAUCACCUCACUUCACGUAAUUAUGAUGUUCAUUCCCGGCAUUGGCCUUUGAUAACUAGCUCAGCUAGAAAUAACACUCGAGUGCAUCUAAUGAAUGGGUAAUUUGUGCUCUAAUGUCUGUCAGGUUACUUGAAAGGCCACAAUUAAUCUGGUGGGAGAGAAACAACUGUGGGAUUUAGACUGUCUGAAGCCGGCAAAGAAAGACUCUCACUGUGUAUGUUGCAUGUGGAUGAUCUUUGAGGAUGGGUCGAAGCUUUCCAUGCAGGUUGUUGUCCUCACUGUUUACAUGUGUACAGACCUAUAUGAGGGUUGUGGUCCUCCUCUGGUUUUCCAUCAGCAGAUUCUUCUCGUAGCCUUUAGAAGCCGUUGUGUUUGUGAAGCGGACCUCCCACCCUGCCAUUGUCAGCAGAGCUUAGGGCUUUGAGCUCCCUCUUUCUGCUCCACUGCUUCUCCUGGGACCAAAACACACACUCUCGCAUACACACUCGUUUGCACAGGGUCUACAAGGACUAGAGGCUCACGACCUGCUGCAGCAACAGGCUUGUUACUUGUUGAUGAACCCAGCAGUUUUUUCAUGUAGUGGUGAGAGCUGUCACUUACUUAGAGUUUGUCACCAGAGAAAUUUCAUUAGUGAUUUCUGCCUGCGUGUGUUGUGGCAUUUUAGUGUUAACUUAUAAUCUUAGUACUGCAAUUUAAUGGGGAGAUCAAUUUCCACUAGAGUAACAUCAUUAAUUCCAAACAUCCUCCAGAACAAUAACAAGAGACUACAGUGGAGCUCCAGUUUAGCAUUGGACAGACGUUGCAAAACCUUAAGGGUCUUAAUCAUAUUACGAGUCUGAAUAUGUCAUUACUAGGGCUGGACAUUGUCAGGAACCUCUCAAUUCAAUUCAGUUUUGUUUGUUGGGUCAAAAUUUGAUCUGAUAUUACAUGAUUUGAUGUUUGGUCGAUAUGUUUCAAUAUUAAUUCCGUAACAUGCAGAGAUGACAGAAAUGCCCAUAUCACUAAUCAUAAAACCUUAUAUUUGUUGACUUUAAGAAAAUAGUAAAAUAACCUUUAAAAAAAUGUUUGCAUUAAUUGUAUUGGUUUAGAAAUAAUGGUAACAAAGUAAGUGUGAGUUUAGAGUGGUGCCCUAGCCACUGUAUGAAAGCGUCUCCCCGAGUAAAAGGUCUGGAUGUUCCCCCUGUAAAGCGUGACAGAAAAAAACUGUGGAAUCCGAAUCAGGUCAGGCUUUAAGUGUACUCAACAAAAACUGCAGGAUAAACCCCAAUUCUUUGAUUUGUAAAGAACAAGAGGAAACUUAACUGGACUCUAAGUUAUGCCCCAGAAAGACGCUAAAAAGGUGACUCAAGUACUGGCGCACUGACGGAUUAAUGAUCAGUCAGAGCGUUAGGUGUGUGAGACACAGCAUGUUGUUAAGAUGUCUGAAUUCAAAAUGCUUUUUUAAAGAAACCUCUCAAAAUAAGCGGAGGAGAGUGCUGCUAAAAUGUAAAAGCAGGUUGCAAAAAUUUACUUGAAAUGUUCUGUUAAUCAAGUGAGGGGUCAGCUGUUUGGGGGCGCUGAUAGCCUAGAAGUCUAGACACGCCCCCACUCAAGCAGGUGACCUGGGUUCAAUUCCACUUUGAGGCCCUUUUCAUGCAUGUCAUUCCCUCCUCUCUUCCUUGUUUCCUGCUUUAUCCACAGUCCUCCAUCUGUCAAUGAAAGCUGCAGAAGCCCAAAAAUAAAUCCUAAAAAAGAACAACAACAAAAAACGCAGUCAGCUGUUCAGCCGACAGCUUACUCUUGUGGAUGGAUUCAUUCCAGGAUUGUAAGUUGGGGGAAAAAAAAAAAUAGAACGCAUUAAUAACUCAAUUUAUUUCUAUCCAGGCCUAUUAAUUACACUAAAUAUUAGCCACAUUCCAAGCCAAAACCCUAUCUUAAAGUAUUAAAAGCCAAAACUUCAGCCCUAGUUGGUUGAAAUGAUUUUUCAAUCAGUGCAAAACCGGCCACCAAUCCAACAAGCUACAUUGUCUUGGUAGGUUUCUUAAAACAGGACACUUAUUUUUCUUUAUUUUAGUCUGUAAUAUCUUGAAAAAAGAUUUACGAAGUGUGUCUGGAAGUUUGUUUAUAAAACUUGUGUAUUUAACUUUAUGCACUUUGAUGGAUUUAAGUCGAAGUAAAAAAGUUGAGAACGAUGCAGCAAACGUUCUCAACUUUUUUCAAAAUUUAGUCUGAUCCGACUAAGUUGUAGUUCUGGUCGGCCUCCUGGAGAUUUGUCCACUUCGUCUUUGAGGAAGCUGCUCUUGGAAAUGCGUGAGUCAGUGCAGUUCUGCUGAUACAAAGCUAUUAACGACUCUGUCUUGUUUUGGAUUCGGGCAAAUAAGCAGCGUUAAACGGAAAACUGUGACUCACAGCGCAUGCCUUUGUCAUGGACUUGUGAUGCUUGUGGGCUCAUAUGUCUGACUGUGCUCAUGAGUUUCCCCCGUCGUACCGUCUCGAGUAUUCUGGUCAGAGCUGCUUUUCUUUUACAUAGCUGAGUGUCAGUGAGUGAAGGAGCCAGGGAGCCCAAGAUUGGUCUGACAUGCAGCACAGACAGUCAGGCAUGGAGGACUUUGUGCUGCUUCACGUGAUGGAGCUUAGCGAGUCAGACUCUGGUAAACUGGUGGCCUAAAUCUCCACGUCGUACAAAGUUUACCCUACCCUCACCUUACAUUACCUUUAAACAUAACUCGUGUUACUAUGUUACUGUGGAAAUGUGGUCAGAGUUUGCACCAGGGUUUGGUGGCAGGAGAGCAGAAAGAAAAACAGAUGAGAGAAAGAUGAGAUGUUCUGUGGGAAAAGUUUUAUGGUUAGGGACUGAGAAUGCAAACUGGAGAAAAAUCACAGCGUGGCUCUGACUGUGGACUGUUCAGCUGACUGUCACAGUUGAUGGUUUGAAAGAGAGAAAACCAACAUGCCUCUUCUUCAACUGCUCACACAUGGCAAACAAAAAAUUCAAACUGCUUUACAGACUUGACCUUUUUGUUUGCAGCUUUGUAGUUAAAAUGCAAUCAGACUGGAGAAGUCUUAGGAUGAAGAGGUGUUGCAUCAGCCACCACCAUUUGCGAUCCACUCGGUGUUAGACAUGAACAACUCUCAGAAGACUAUGUAAGGAUGAGAGAUGGCUCUUGAAAUGUGUCCGACACAGGAAUUUGAGCUCUAAGUUGUCUAAAAUACCAGCUGCUUGCCACUAGUCAGUGUUGAAGACGCCUCCGAGAAUGCUCUACUACCUGGAUGUAAAUAAAUGCAGAUGACAGAUGAUAUCUCAUAGUUAGGUGCGGUUGCUCAGUAUUUUAAUCUAGUGAAGAAAGUCUGGCCGAUUUAAGUGGCUUGCCGAUAAAUUGGUCAGGCCCUACUUUACAGCCCAUUUGAGACUAACCGGUAAUCGGCCAAAACUCGCCGGAUUUCGCCAAUAUUUUCAGAAAUAAAAUGAGAAUAAGAUUCGGUUUCACUUCAGAAAUGUUCUGCCAUUUGAAAAGUAGUUAAAAAAGCUUUUCUGGUCCGGGUUUGAUCAGUCGGUCUUCCUGUCGGCGUGAAGAGCAGUAUCCUACAGUAUAUAUAUUUUUUAUAACUGCAUAAAAAAAUUUAAAAAAUUGGCCAAUUAAUCGGUAAUCGGUAUCGGCAUCGGCCCCAGAAAAUCCAUAUCGGUCGGGCCCUACUGUAAAAUCCUAGCUGACUGGUCGAAACGUGCUGAGUCGACCAAAAUUCUGAUUGGUCGACUCAAUUUUUUUCCGCGUCAAUUUUCAGUCUAUGGUUAAUUUCAUCAGGAGAAACGUACCAAGUGCUUGUGGAAGUGUUUUCAGAGCACCCUCUUUUCACAGGUAACGGCCUGUCCCAGAACACCCCCCUUGUUUUCACAAUUUUGGAUUCGCCCAACCCACUGGAGACCAGCUGAAGAUUGAAGAACGUCCAUGUUUAUCAAUGUCCUGUGGUUUGCUGAAGAUAAAAUUUUUGUUUAAUUGCCUUCCUGUGCUGAUUUCAGUAUAUUUUCACCCUGCCGAGCCGCGUCAUCCCCCGUCAGAGUCCGACCCCCCCGCCCUUAGUCGAUUUUUGGUCAAAAAAUUUCAGGGUUUUAGUUGACCAAGAACUUUGAUUGAUUACAGCCCUAGAAGAUAGUUAUAUUCAGGUUAAGCUGACAUACAACCACUCAACCAGAGCAGUGUGUAUGCACAGUCUGGUGGACAUUAACCUGCAAGGGGGGCUGAAGGCUGGUGGUGCUAAUUCUGCUAAUGCUAGCCACACCCUGCAAGUGUUUGCUGUCAGUUACAGCUCUUAGAAGAAGAACCAGACUCUGCCAAAACUGGAAUUUGCAGAUGAGACCUUGGGGAAAAAAAAGUUGCAGUGUUGGAUCUCUAGUAUUGCAUCAGCCGCUGUGAUUUUGUCCUCUUUUAUUUGCCCGUCACUUGUCAGUCACUCUUAUAUGGGCAACUCUCUGCGGAGGUUGUAGUCAUGUGAGAGAUGAUGUCCCUUUUCUGACGGUUACCUCUGGUGUUGUUUUACUAAGGAGGUUGUUAUUUGAGAUCAAAUACACACCAUCGAUAAAAAGAGGGUGACUCACUCCCUGGAAACCAAAGACACCCUAAGGUAACAAACAAAGCCCUCUUGAACCAUGACUUUUGAACAGUUGCCCUUUUGUAACGGUUUUAGACUCUUGAACAGGUACCAGGGUUUAUAUGUGCUUAUUGGGAACUGGUUCACAUUUUUUUUAUGGCAUAGGAUUGAAGGUGUGAACAGUUCUGUGCUUUGAGGAGACAUCAAGAAUCUGAUGUAGAUGUUAGUCUGGAACUUGACAUGAAAAAUUUCAAGAGCAAAGUUGAAGAAGAAGCUGCAGAACAAGGCAUCCUUCUUCCCCCUCCCUCUUCUCAUUCCUGUCCUCCAGUGGAAACCCUCUGUAUGUGUAGCAGGUGAGCUGGCACAUGCUUCUAAGGAAGGCCGACUGUGUGUUGGCUUGUUGACAGAUGUGGACAUAGUGCCAGACUCCACCUGUAGAAUUCCUUUCUCUCCUCAGCAGUCCUGUUGGAGAAAACAGUCUGCUGCACAAGGGCCCAAAGAUUUAAGGCUGUUCUCCGGCUUUCCACUGACACACAUUUACAAACACAUUUAAAACACAACCUGCAAAGCCCGACCCUGAACCAUAGCGUAAGUUUUAAGUUGUUUGUUGAUUAGUAUUCCUUCUUCUGCAGUGGCUGAGCAGAGAGAUUAAAUAGCAACAGGACUAAGAAAUUUAUCGCUGCUCUCCAACAGCCUGCAUCAGUGAUGGAUUGAUCAGUUGGUUUAACCCGAGAGCAUUUAGAAAACAAUUGAUCUGUGUGUCAGCUCAAAUAAGAAGCCAAUACAUCACAUCCACACUAAGACGUCCAUGUGAAAUUAGAGUUAACUACCGCACAAACAUCCUCAUGGAAAAAUACUUUUCAAAGUGCUAUGCAAGAACAAGAGGGGUACAGUGAUUACUGCUGAGUAUCAGUAUCAACCAGUACUCCCUCUGGAACCACAUAUCGGCAUUUUGGCUAAUAAUUGAGCAUUUACAAUUGCAGCAAUAUAUUUUACUUCACUUUGUAUUAAUUAGGGCAAGUUAGUAAGCUUCAUGUUUUAGCCCAGAAAGAUGCCGAAGAUGCCCCCAAAGUAGGGUAAGAUACUGUUGGAGGUAGCAUGCAUUUAAAGAUGAUGAUGUAUUGCUAUGUGAACAGACCCUAUGGAGUGUUGGUUUAAUUGAAAAGACUCCUCAGUUCAAGCCUGCAUGUUACCAGCUUAAUGGGGGUAGCACAAAUCUCGGCAAACUGGUCAUGGACAGUGGGUCCAUGUGUACCUUAGAGCUGCAAGCGCGACUGUAGGCUGAGCUAGACUGCUUUAAAAUUCCCUGCAGGUACAGGAAAGAGCUACACAUAUGCAUAAAAACUGCACGGCUAGUAGGGGUGAGAUAUGAUAUGAUAUGAUACGAUACGAUAUUAUCACGAUACUUGGGCCACGAUACGAUAUUAUUGUAAAAAUAUAUAUAAAAAUAUAUAAAAAUGUUGGUAAAGCUAUCAGUUUAGCAGGUUUAUUUACUUCAGCACACGUAACCCAGUGUCAUGCACACAGGCAGGCAAAUUUUCUCCAGACCAGUCAAGUGUAUUAUGCUGGGCACAGGUUGUGCACAUUGAGGAAGAUUUUGACCUGAUUUUUGAGCUGCAUGGCUGAUCUUGAAGUCAGGCCACAUUUCAGGGUGAUCAUGCAUUGUCACACAGUGUACUGGGGUUGAGAACAGUCAGCUGAAUUACUGACAUGUCAAAAAUAUUGGUUGGUCAACUGCACACUCUUGCACAGUGAAAGCAGUGACAGAGAAUACAGCCGAGGGUCCAUUACAGAACCCUGAGGUACUCCCCAAGACAGCAGUGCAACUGAGGAAACGUAUUAACCAGCAGUGCCAGAGGAAGUUCCUCUUGAUAAAUAAGAGAAAAAACAGUCUAACGGUGGUUAAGAGAUAUCUACCCACUUUCUGAUCUGAUUUUCAACUGAAAUGUGUCUUGUGUCUUCAGACCAUAGCUUAAAUACUUGUUUUUUUUAAGUGAUCGUUUUAUUUUCAAGAAAGUUAAAUUCAAGGUUUUUUUUUUGUUUGUGUGAUUGUAUCACUAAAGAAUAAUUUGGGUCUGUAGCCCAGACCAGAAGAGCAAAAUGAAAAAAGCUAGUGUAAGAUAGUUUCAUCAGCUGAAUUAUUUUUAGUGUCAGAAUCAGUGUCAGCCCUACUUUUCUUAAUGUUGCAUCCUUAAUGACAAGUUUAAAGUAUGUGAUCAUUGACCACAAGGGUUUUGGGAUUAUUGCUGACUGUUCUCUCUCUCUUCUUCUCUGGUUUUCUCUCUGCAGCGUGCGUCAGUGGGCCUGCAGGCUCCACACUGGUGCUGAGACAGAAUGAAGAGGUUCAGGAGACACGGCCAGGAGUCCCAGAGAGAUCGACUCAAACAGGAGCUCUUCCAGUUCAACAAGGUAGGGGUCGUGAAUUCAAGAUGUAAAUUCAUGGAACUCCAAAAAAAAGACUCUUUUUGGUCCAAGCAGAGGGUUAAAAGUUUGUGAAGCAGCUGUUGUCGUGUUGUGUAACUCCUACACCUCGACUCAUUUUAUAAACAUGUAUGAGUGACACAAGAUCUUUUCCUCCUUACUAACUUGCGUUAUUGGUUGGUGAUUCAUGAAACCGUUUCCACAUCUCAUAAAGGUGAUUUGUCACAUUUAAAUGUAAAGUUGUAUUUUGGCAGUGACAAAGAUAACAGAAGAACUGACAGAAGCCCAAAGUAGGCAGAUACACCAGCACUUUUUAAGAGCAAGUUUACAGUGUUGUAAUGCUGGCAGUUUUUUCCUAAUGAGCUUCCUGUGAUGUUGUGUUAUUUAUAACUCGUUAUGAUGUUGGUAGUUUAUUUUAAUUGAGAAGCAUUUUAUGAAAUUGAAGCAUUUGGUACCAAAAACCUCAGUUUUUCAGUUUCAGUUUUUUACCACUUUGUUGACACCAUCUAUAAUGAAGAACAUCUGUUUAAUCAGUCACCAGUCAUGUCUAUUUAAAGGCGCAGAAGUAGGUAAAUUUGAGGAGUUGGACAAAGUUUGCAUCAUCUUAUUUCUGCUGACAGAUGUGAGUUAUUUACAAAUCAAAAAGCAUUUAAAGGUGUGACUGCUGUGCUGCCAUUAAACUGUGGGAGUGGAAAUCAGAUUACACACAGGAGUCUUUUGGGACUAGAUGCUUUUGUAUCUUUUGAACUAAACUUAUCUUUAUUUACAUGCCCCUAAAUCAUGAGAAAAGAUAUCUAGUGACACUAAACAUCGAGAGGAGGUCUGUAUCUUACUCUGUGUUCAUACUGGGCUCUGCAGAGAGAACAUUGUGCAGACUCACUGUUAUUUAUUCUGUGUCAAAGCUGUAAUGUUUUCAUUCAGCCAAAAGCCAAGACACUUAAACCGUAUAAUAAAAAAUAUUAUUAGAGCUUAUUCAUGUCUGAAUGUACAAGUGAAGCAACACAAACCACACAAAUGGAUGUGUAAAUCAGUCAGUCUGUAUCAAGGCUGCCUCAGAAAUUGUUUAUCAGGGCCUCUUGAACAAACAAGUGUUUUAGAGCUACUGUAUAAUUUUCGUGUGUGUUGAUGCGUGCGACCACUAUGAACAAAGCAGUUUGUCUGAUCUCUUAGUGGAAUAUAUGCCCAACACGCACAAAGAAGUAUGUUCUGCCAAAAUAUCAACCCGCUGUCUUUUGACAGUCGAGUGGUGCGCUCAUAAAUUUCUGCCACGGAUCUAAAAUCAAAGCAACAACUGCUGGUAAUCCCUUAUUCUGACACCAACCAUGUGAGAACAUUUAUAAACAUGAAAAAUACUUUACAAGAAUAUUUCAUCGUCUUACUGAGGAUGAAGAGGACGUCUUCUCUAAGUUAAACGGAGAGUAAAGUAGUAUUUUUCUCUACAACAGCAUAAAGCAGUGGUUCUCAAGUCCAGUCCUCUAGGCCCACUGUCCUGCAUGUUUUGGAUGUUUCCCUGCUCCAACACACCUGAUUCAAAUGAUCAGCUCGUUAUUAAGCCAUUACAGAGCUUGAUAACGAGCUGAUCAUUUGAAUCAACUAGUUUUUGUUUUAGGUGUGGCGGCUUUUAUUUAGCCAUGGCGGUGCACCCCAAUCAAUAGCAUGUCGAGGAAACCCUGAUGUUUUAUAUUGAUAUUGAGGGAAAUUAAUUUUUAAUAUCGUUAUCGUUGUAUAGCCCAGCCCUAAUGUGAACCCAGAUCCUCCAGUGUUUGGUUUUCUAGCACAUGUGAAAGAAACAUGAAUCGGGGUUUUUGUCAACCAAAGCAAAUAAACAGCUAUAAUCCUUCAAUGUGUAACCUUAUCCGUAUAUGAUGAACCAUAAAGUUGCCUCUAUUUAUCUGAUCAAAACUGCAGGGGCAAAAAUGUUUGAAUGAACUGCAAAAUAUUAUAACAAGAUUUUUCAAACAAGAUGUAUAAUCAUACAUGGCAGCUCAUUUCGCAUUGGCACAGGGGGCUUAUAUGAGAGGUGUUUGUCAUUCACAGAUAAAUAAACAAGUCCUACUGCAGAGCACAUCUGCAGCUUGUGAUAAAUCCCAAGAGAAGUGUCAGAGGUCGAGUUUGAAACAACAGGAUUCAUGUUUCUAUGUUAUCUGUAAACCUUCCUUUUUCUAGUCCACCUGCUGUUAUCUGCAGAGUGUUUUUCUGCAGCCUCUCGUCUCCAUCCUGUCAUUGUCUCUGCUGUCACAGCUCAGUCUCACCCUCCCCCUGUCUGUCCUCUGUCUCUCCCCUCUCAGACUGUGGAGCAUGGAUUCCCUCACCAGCCCAGCGCUCUCAGCUACAGUCCCUCCCUGCAGCUGCUGGCCAUCGGCACCCGCUCCGGAGCCAUCAAACUGUAUCCUUCACUCUGCCCGUGUGUAAACAGCUCUCAGACAGGAAUCUGAGCCUCAUGUUUGAACUUGAGGCAGGAGCGAUAAUUAGCGACUAUGACGCUGCUAAAGCCUUACCUGCGGUUCACAUGGGCACCUGCUUCAGGUAUUUCAUUUUCCCACGCUGUUGCUCAAAGCCGCCUGCCAUUCUGAGACGGUGGAGUGUGUGACGCCACAGCCUUUUUUCGCUCUUCUCAUUGACAGCGCAGCGGAGCCAGCCGGUACACUUUCCCCAUUGACACAGAGACACACUGGUUUUGAUAACUGUGGUGCCCUCUUUCAUAAGGGUGAUCCAGUCGUACAAUGCAGCAGCUUGUUCCUGGACGAGGGAGAAAGAGGGCUAAGAUAAAGAAAAAUCUGUGAAUGAAAACCAUGAGUCAAAGCGCAAGAUGCUUCAGGCAGGGUCAGAGAACAGAGCAGCGUCUGUCGGUCUGAUGUGGCUCACAAAUCAUUUAAUAAUGUGACACUCAGAUCAGUCCUCAGAGACGGUUUUGUGUCUUCACUGUGAGGUCAGGGUCAGAUCCACUGCUGCGGCCUGGAGCUGCUUCACUGGUCCGCUCACUGACAGUUCAGCAGCCCCAGAGGUUAUAUCCUCUGUCUUGUUGAUAGAUGGAUCAAAUUUUAUUUUGUGCAGAAUGGUUCACCCUUUAAUAAAUGUUUCUAUCUUGUAAAGGCCCUCAAUUCCCGAUCUAUCAAAAACAAGCAGUCUGCAGUCUUGUUUUGGCUGUCGGGAUCUGCCCUGCUGACUUUUCAGUACAGAGGCCUCACAGAGUCACAAAAAUCCUCCUGAGCAGCCCUCACAGCAUCUCCCUGUAGUGUGACAAAGUAUAAGAGCUACAUUUUUUAUUGUUUUAAAAAGCACUGAUUUAUUUUGUGACUUUAUUUUUGACUUAAUUCUCAUGAGAAAAUAACUUCAGAUCUUUAAAAAUAGUUUGACUUUAAACGUGGCCCUAGUAGUCUAUCAUGCUAUACAACCCAAUUAUAGAAGACUUGUUAAAAACUGGCACCCAAGAUGGUCGGUUUUGUUGUUUUCGAUUCUCUACCUGCACACAGUACAGAGAAUGAAGACUAACAUUUUACACACGGUACAUAGAAAUGAGAGGCGAAUACAAAAUAAGGUGUUUCCUUUGAAUUAUCAGUCAUGACCAGGAGGAUGUGCGUGGUGGCGUCUGUAUUUGCAGGGAGUGUGCUCUUUGUCUGCUUUUUUUUUUUUAUCUUCUAGCAUAUGUAGUUCUUUCAUGGCCAUCAGUCAUUGUGCAGUGCUGGAAAACUCUCCCGUCAAAAAACACAGGUCAGGAUUAACAGAAAACAAAGACGGACCAUGUGACCAUAUCCCUUCUCUCUGUCUGUCCUUCUGCAUCAAACACAAGUGUAACACGAUAACCUGUAGCUACUCAAGGAUCUGUAAAAAUGUCAGCGAUUUUUGCCAGCCUGUGAAUAAUAAGUGCCAGCAGUAGCAAGAAUAACAAAUUUUAUUUAUCUCAGAAGUGAAAUUCAAUUGUCUGUAGUUUCAUUUGUCAUGUCUCAGAAAGUCAUCUACUGUUUAUAGAAGAAUUAUAAAGUGUGAUGGCUGUGGGUGCAAAAAAAAAAAAAUUAGCUGUGAUGGCAAAUCAAACCAAAAAGUGAAGCAGUGGUGUUUGAAAGAAAAUGAAAAAUUAUCAAGAUAUCAAAGUUUGAAAUCUUUAGGUGCAACUUCACUAAAGUUGAAAAAUUUGACGUCAGAUCUGUGAUGUAAUUACACAGCAGUGUUUAAGGAACACCAGCCUACAGGAGAACCACUUCUGCAAUUCAGUGGAUCCUCUAGACAGGACUAACCUCUGAUUGGACUGUAUUGAUAGCUUUUGACAAAUGAAGUUAAUUCUGUGAUACACUAUAGGCCAAUGUCAAUGUGACUUGUUGAGAUUGAGUUCAAAAUGGCUGUGACGGUUGUCCUUAAUGAGUGCUCAGGUAUGGUGCUCCAGGUGUGGAGUUCAUGGGUCUGCAUGACGAAAACGCGGCUGUCACACAGGUGCACUUCCUCCCCCACCAGGUACAGUAGAGUCAGCGAACACACACACAGCGCGGGCACACACAACAAACAGCAUUUCUUUGUCUCUGAAUGUGAGACUGUUUUCAAAGCUGCUGUCUGCCUGGAUUCAGACUGUAUUUUUGUUGAUUGAUUGUGUCUUACAUCCAGGUUGAACUGGUGACUCUGCUGGAUGAUAACAGUCUGCACAUGUGGACCUUAAAAGCCCACAAGGGUCUCUCUGAGCUCCUGGAGAUAGGACGCUUUACACUCACUGGACCGCCAGGGUGAGUAAAAUAUGCAGGCAAUAAGAUGCAGUGAUUUUCUACAGAUCAAACCAUACACAUUCAUGUAUAAAAGAUUAAGAGUACUUUGGAUCGAAACAUCUCAUCAUUUGAACAGUGCACCUUCUGGUCUGAGUUGAUUUAAUAAACAAUAGAAGUUAUUAAAAGAAUGAAAGUGCAGAUUUAAAAGGUAGAAAAGGAAACCUGUUCAGGUAUUAAACACAAAAGCGUCCUAUGUUUCCUGUAAGUGUUCUCACCUUCUUCUUUUUCCUCACCUCAGGGCCCUUCCAAGUGUGACCAGAGUGACAGCGGUGUUAGCCCACUCCUCCGGAGAGCUGCUGCUGCUGGGCACAGAAGGAGGACAUGUUUUUAUCGUGGAAGUGCCGGGGUUCAGAGAGCUGGAGGAGAGGAACAUUAGUCUGGACCAAGUCGCCAGCAGGUAGGCAGCAACAACACGACAACACUCGUCAAGGUAUUUGUACGUUUAACAGGAAGCUAGUGUGUUGUUAUUGUUUUGAAUUGGAAAACACCAGAUACUCUGAUUCAUAUUGGUUUGUAAACACUAUUGAUCAGCUGUUUCUUUAGCCGAAUAACUGCAGGAAUCAUAGUUUGAUAUUUGGAUGUACCUUCAGUGGAAUAAAACACAGUGUGACUACAAGCAGGUCCACAGUUAGCUACAGUUAGCCUGAGUGGAGAGUAGAGUCUGAUUGAUCUUAUCUUGUAAAGAGGUGCUAACUCAGGCUAAGACUUCCUAAAGCGGCCUAGCUGGAAAGAAGCCUGGGACACAGGUUGAUAGUUUGGAUGAAGAAAUCGUUGAUGUUCGAUUAGGGAGGUCAAUUGGAUAAAACGGUCGCAGGUAUACAUCAGGAUUUAGGGCCGAUUCCAAGGUUGAUGUGUUUGAGGGGAAACGGUCAUACAGGAAGAGAGCCGAAAACAUUUGGAUGCUGGUUUUAAAGAAAGCUUUGCAAAGUGACCAGAGAAUAAGAAUGACCAAAGAAUGAUCCCUUGCAAAGAGGCAGUGUGAGGCCUGUAGCGUCUGGGGCUCAGGGAUGGUUAGGAUUCCUCCUGGACUCCUUCCCUUACCUAGGAGGAGACACUGAGGUAAACCCUGAGCUCAUUUUGGAGGGAUAUAUCUGAGCUGAUUGCUUUGGAAACCUCCAGAAGGAGCUGGGAAGAUGGAGAGGGGUGCUGGAUUCGCUUGCUUAGCCUGGUGGAACCGUGAACCACCCCUGGAUAAGCAGAAGAAAAUUGUUGGAUGGAUGGAUGGAGCAGCUGAUGAAUUUAUUUCUGCUGAAGGCUGUAGGAAUGAACAGUACGGCUCUGUCAGAGUAACUACAGUGCUGCUGACAGGGUUGUUUUUCUUCUCGGCUCACAUUAGUCUGUCUAGCUGAUGUUAGCAGAGGUAGCACCAGCAGAUUUCAGUCUUCCUCGCUGGCCAACGUCCACGUGUCUGUACUGGUUAGACUUUUCUCCAGCUGGGUGGUUAUGUGCCAGUUUAACCAGCCGACAAACAAGUUUAUCUCCAUUUUCUGGAUCAGCACACUGACAAACCACACCAGGCUACCAGAUGCCAUCAGCCAUCUGGGCUUCUUUACUUCCAGGUAGAAGAGCAUGAAAGCCCUCUCGCAGUAACCACGAGCCCUUUAGCUUUCGCCUUCAGUAGAGGCAGGUGGCCGCACUUAAAUGCAGAUGUUGCAGUUGCACAUCCUGAGCUGCAGCACUAUCAGACACACUUUAGACAGACUAUGCAUUGCGUAACAAGAAAUUCUUAAUAACAGUCUGAUAAAUAAAGAUUCUGUGGAAAGACUCCUUAAUAUUUUAAUGUCAGAGAUGAAGUUCACAUCAGGGUGUGGUUAAAACACGGAGCUGGUUUGUUGACACUCAGAGGGAAGGCAAUAAAAAGAAGAUAAACCUGCUGCUUAGGCUUUAAUUAUAGCAUUCAAAUGGCUGUGAAAUCACCUAACAGAAUAACUUCAUAUGUACUUAAGAUUAAUAGGUCAUUAAGAGGUUUCCUAUUCCCUAUAAUCAUCAUAGAGAACAUGUCUGCUUAUUGAUUUUCUCUUAUUUCAGGUUUUGCUAACAGACACCACAACCUCAGUUAGUUUUAAAGUCUAUUUUUUAUAUGUAUGUCCGUAAUCAAAAACCUGUCUAAAUUACUAGGUUUGAUUAGUUUUUAUUCAGAAUAUAAGUCUCGGUCUACUCUCACACUCCGUCCCUUUAGAUCAAUAAUAAGGUUUAUUAGUGUUUCCCCUUGGUUGAGGAUUUACUCAUGGUGGUGAGCCGGGCGAUGCAGGGUGGUGCCGUGGUGUUUGAUAGGUGCAUUCAAAAUAAUCUAGUCACACUAAGGUUUAUGAACUAUGCGUUAUUUAUUGCACAUGCAGAGCUCCAGACUAACUUGUUUUGCUAAGAGCACAGUAACCCCUAACUAAAAAUUUUAGGAGCGCAAGCAGAAAAUUUCGGGGUGCACACUGUAACUUGACUUGCAAGGCAAAUAAUUCACAUUUCCUCUCAUUUUCACUGUAUUACUGAUAAUAGAUAAAAAAAAGCAGAAAUUACAAUGUGCUGUUUUAAAUUCCGUGUCACAGUUUAUUGUGCACUUUUUAAGAUGCAAAACAAACAUAAAAAACAUAAGGGUCUUUGCUUCUUUCAUCUUGACUCUGUCUCUUACGCUUGAAAUAGCUUUUAUUUGGCUUCAUGUCUUAAAAAAAAAAAAGAAGUCGUCACAGUCAGUUUCUGAGACAAACCAGUAGUACAAUAACAGUAACUGUAUUAAGAAGAAAACACUAUAUAAUCAACAAUAAGUUAGUGUAGCCAAAGCGCAACAGUUUGGGUGCGCUUCCGAUAUCCACCAGGGUGUCCCGCGCUGCGCCACGUUUGUUUGCUCGAAAAACGAUUGCUACUACUCCAGAAAGCCAGAGUGCAAAACAGUUUGGGUGCACUUCCGUAUAUCCAUCAGCAUGUGUUCUGCGCUGCGCUGUGUUUGUUUGCUUGAAAAAGAGUGCUACCAUUCCAGAAAGCUGGAGCGAAACAGUUUGGGUGCACUUCUGUAUGUUCUCCAGUGUGUGCUGCGCUGUGCCGAGUUUGUCUGGAGGAAACCCUGCUGUCUGUGCGUCUGUAUGACCGCGUGUUUUUUAUUAUUAUUAUUUUUUCUUUUCAAAUUUUAAAUUUAUCUUCUUGGGAGGGCCGCCCAAGUCAAGUCUAUUUAGGGGAAACACCGGCUUCAUAUUCUGUCUACAGUCUGGAGCUUGUGUUAAUCCGCUCUUUCCUGUCUCCUGCAGUGUACCAGAUGACUACAUCGGCAGAAGAAACCUCGAACAUGUAGAGGCCCUACAGGAGAACCCGCUCAAUCCCAACCAGGUUGUUAUCGGAUACGGACGAGGUCUCAUGGUCAUCUGGGAUAUGGAGAAACAGUGUGCCAUCCAACACAUCCCAGCCACACAGGUCAGUGUUCGAUCGCUUAGUUUUAAGAAUACUAAGCUGCAAAUGGAACAAAGUCUUUAAAUCUCGAUGUUUGUGUUUUUUUUUUUUCCAUCAUAGCAACUGGAGAGUGUGUGGUGGACAGAGGACGCAGGCUACAUCCUCAGCUCGCACAGUGAUGGAAGUUACUGCCGAUGGAUGGUGGGAGUGGAGGACCUGAACGAGGAGGAGGAGAAGUCAGACAUUCCUUAUGGUGAGGAUAAAGAAGUGUCUGCCGCACAUAUUUUCUGUACCGUCAGGUAUGAGAGGCGUUUCCUGAAGGCUGAUGUUGAUUUUCUCUUCUUCUACCUCUGCAGGCCAUUUCCCCUGCAAGGCCAUUUCUAAAAUAGUUCAGCUACCUACAGAAGACGGGUGAGUGGUUCUGAUUUAGGAGUGAACUGUGUCAUACUUUUGGAGGUUUGAAUGAUCACUAGGUAGAAAAAAUUGUUUGAACAUUUGAGGGAUGGCUUGAGAUCAAGAUCACGCUCGGUCUCUCUCCAUCUCUCUUGGUCUCUCCCUAAUUGUUUAUUUGAAUAAAUGCAAGUAGCUAAAGUCGAGUAGCACCAGACUGUUUCUAAGUUGUAUUCAAUAGAGCAGGGUGUAAGUAAGAAAGCAGGAUCAUGACAGGCUUUACAUGCUGCAACAUCAUCUUCAGGGGUAAAUAGGAUACAUUUUGAAACCUCUCUUUCAUUUGUGAUACCUGUUGCUCAGUUAUUGUGGUUUAUACAUCCUCACUAUUCCAAUAUUUAACUUCAUUUACCCAAUGAGUUACAAGACCUACUGUUACACAUUAACCUCAGAGCAAACUGAACUGUACUUGAACCUCUGUAUCUGUCUCUGUGUGUGUUUGUGUGUGUGUUUGUGUGCGUGCAGUCCUCCGUUCCUGCUGUUCAGUGGCGGCAUGCCCAGGGCCAGCUACGGGGACAGACACUGUAUCACAGUGAUUCACGGUAAAACCCACGUGGCUCUGGACUUCACCUCCAGAAUCAUCGACUUCUUCGUCAUCAGAAGCGGCCUGCAGCACACAGGCAAGCAACACACACACACACAGAAGCUAAACCCCAAAUACACUCCGGCAUGCACAUGAAAGGGACGCUGAUUGGGAAAAGUCACAAUUGUAACUCCAGUUUACUUCUUUCUGAUUUUGCUCAACUUUUUUUCGGUAAACACAAGUCAACUUUUUCUUAAGUUGUGUUCAGAUAAGGGUAAAGCCUGUAAAAGAGUUACAGCAGCCAACAGCCAUACUCUUUUCCUGUCAUUUUGAGACUCCGUUUGAAAAGUUCAAAGCCUGCCACGCUGUUAUUUCCGCAUGAGUCAGUUUGCAAUGAUGCGGCAAAAAAAAAAAAAAAACAAUUUGUCAAAGUGUUCAUCUUCACUGCGACCAAACGAUGAAGUCAUCCCAUCAUAGACGUGUUUUUGUCUGGGUGUCACCACAUGCCAAUCAUCAUCCAGAUUUCCUUCUUUUUACGCUUUUCUUUCUUCUUAUCUCUCUGCUUUUGUCUCUGUUAUUUUGGGUCACGAACAUUGGGUUUACAGCUCAAUCAGGUGUAAAAUUUCAAACAAUAAGAAAAGGAGAUUUGAAAAACACACACUACAGGAUUUACUGCUCUGACUGACGCGAUGCCUGUUUUUAAGUUUAAGGUUUUUUGUUCCCUGAUUUCCUCCACUACCUCAUUUUUUGGUGUCCUUUUAAAUAAACUCAUCGUAAACACCGAUUGUUUUCAUGUGGAGGGUACAAACGGCCUGAAGCUGUGUCAUCAUCUCAGACGCAUAAUGACCAUGAAGUUUGCGCUGCAGUUCAAGUGUCAGUUGUUUCGGGUGUGUCCGCUGGUUUUAAUUUCUCAAAGUGGUUUAGAUCAUUUGUUUGAAGAAGGUUUUUCACUUGAGUUGAUUUAUGAGAGAUAUUUUCUUUCAACCUCGCCGUUUAGUCCUGUGUCGCUGGUUUUUAAGACACACAACAAAAAACUCAAAUCUUUGUCAAGUUUUGUCAACUGAAGCUUAAUUCAAAACACACUUCCCUGACAAGUAUUACAUGCCAAAAACAAGAACUGAGUUGCGUGUAAUGAGUAAAAAACAGUCAGUAAGUCAAUAAGGACAUUAUACUUUAAAAAUGAUAAACUGCCUUAUGCCAAGAACCUGACUAGUCCUUUUUUUCACUCCAUCAGCAGAUUUUUUUCUUCUUUAGAAUAAUUUACUUCUUGUUUUUGGCAUGCGAUUCCUGGACUUGUAGGGUAAGUGUGGCUUGAAUUGAGCCUAAUAGACACUUUUUACUCGAAAUAAGACAAAAACACUUAACAAGGCUAAAGGUUUUUCAGGGUACUGGCACAUCAUUGUAGAAACGGUCUGGACUAAUGCUGUCAGGGUAUAAAAAGGUUCAAUUUUAAUUCUAAAUUCUGUGAUAUGUUGCCCCUGUCUGUCUCCAGGAGACCCCAGUGCGCUGGUGGUUCUGGUGGAGGAGGAGCUGGUAGUGAUCGACCUGCAGACAGAUGGCUGGCCGGUCAUUCAGACACCAUACCUGGUCCCCCUCCACAGCUCAGCCAUCACCUGCUCCCAUCACGUCUCCGCCAUCCCCAUCAAGCUUUGGGAGAGGGUCAUCGCUGCCGGAGACCUGCAGAAGACGCAUUACUCAAAAAAGGUGCACAUCUUUGAUAUUGGGAAAGUUUAAUCUGGAGAAAGGUUUUUGCACAUUUUUGCUCACCCGAUGACAGCCCAAAAAAAACAAGCUUUUUAUUGAUUUUGUGUCAUGUUUUAUUUGCACAUUCUUCAGUGAGAUGUGAAAGAUACCAUGACAAGGUGUUUAUAUGCAAAAGAAAAAGGAGACUUGUAGCACCCCCCAUUGAUUCAUGGUCUGACUCUCUGACUGAUGGUUCACAAAGUUUUAUUUAAAAAAAUUAUUUAGUCGCUUUUAACAUCCAUGAACAGUGUGAACACACCGUAAGAGCUAGAGAAAAAAAUAAGAGCAGUAUUAAUACGCUUUCUGUAAUUAGAAAAUAGUUUUAGCCUUUUAAAUUAUGUGUUCAAUAACCUCUCUCAAAUUAUAUAUUUUAUAAACCUUCAAGGAUAAUAAACUUAAGUUCCUUGUUUUAGCAAAAUGAAAACCUCAAAUCAGAGUGCUUUAACUGGUAAGGAUUAGUUUAUACUAACACAUUAAUUCACCUCUUUUAUAAACCAAAUAACAUGUUAUACAUCUUUAUACAUCAUAUCAAUGCAGGCAUAGUGCUUUAUGAUGAAUAAAAUACACAUGGAUUCAAAGUGUGCAUCAGGCAACGUGCUGUGAACUUAAUGAAUUACGUCUGUGUUAACCAUGACCAUCAUCGUAACUAUAGCACCUUUGCUAAUACUCUGCAACACGAAACUCAAUCAAACUUCUCAAACAAAUGUCAUAAAGCCACUUCAUAUUAAUUUGUCUGAGAAAAGAAGAAUAUACGAACCUUGCGCCUCUAUCAACCAGGUACUUCAGCAACUUAAAGAGAUCGUUAUUGGCGAUCAUGAGUCUUGAAUUCACACAUCGUUAUUACUGUUCAUCGACUGAUAACUUCUGGUACAUUUCCUUUCAAAAUAAAGGCACCAGUCUCUUUUAAAUCCCAAAUAAGGAUUACACCUUUAAAACAAGACUGGCAAUACCAACACAUAAUGUGGGUCAUUUACAAGACUGAUGAAGAUUAAUGAAAAAUAAAGACAUUUUCUGUAAUUAACCGUAUCACUUCAUCAAUAUGCCACAGCUGUGAACAAAUCCAAACUCAUUUCAAAGUAGUUUCCCUGUUUCAGACUCUUGCAUGUCCAAAUACAACCAUGAGAGUUUUGCUGCAGUCCAGACACACUCCUCUCAGUGGCCUGCAAGCUUAAUGAUAACUGUAGCUGACAUUACAGCCCCAAAUACCACAGGAAAUAGAAUUACUUCACUCACAAGGACAGUUGUGUAACCAGCUCUAGACCUGAUAAAAAAAGGACCCUUAGAGAUUCUUUCAUCUUGUAUUAAUUGUUGCUGCCUCUGUGGACACUCAGUCCUCUUCUUAGUGGUCUCCUUUGCUUUAAUGAAUCAUAGAAAGGCAUCAGUGUUUAAUCUAGCAUGUGUAAAAGCGAGGUAAAAACUGAGGUGUCUGAGAGAAUCUGAACUUUGAUAUAAAUCAGGGGGCGCCAUCAUUUUGAGACGUAAGUGCUUCAAAACGAUUUAGAACAAUUGCUGCCAUUUUUAUGGUUAAAUGAUUGAAAAUGCUAAAGCUUUUAAAAACACAGAUCAACUGUCAUUUUUAGUAGCUGAAAGCAAACACAGGCGAGCAUUGGUGGUCCAGUAGUGGAUACAAAGCAGAAAAGCAGAGGGGAAAGUCUGAAUUUCUGAUGAUGUCUCAGUACGCAUGCUCUAAAAAGAGACUAAGCAGGCCCACACCUCUGCACAAAUGUGCAAGAAGGAAUGCGAGGAGGUUUGAAUAAAUGCAGCAGCUUCAUCCUGCCCGCUGUGUCUGUCUAUGAUCAGCUCUUUGUUGUCAUUGUCAGGUAGACAAAGAGAUUUAGCAGAGUCCUUUUAACGUCUCCUGGAGAGGUAAAAGCUACAUUUGCACAUAUGUCGCAGACACACAGCCGAGGAGAAAAACAGAAAUGUCACCUGAUCCUUGUUUCUUUCAAGCUCUUCCCUUUGGAGUGUUUACUGUGAGAAUCUGACGGUACAGGUUUGCUGUUUUGUAACUGGCUAAACAGACGACAGUAAUUGGAUGUUUAAAUCUUAAUUUUCCCUCUCUCUUCGUGCAGCCAUGGCCGAUAACAGGAGGAAGGAGCCUGGCCCCAGACCCUCCACAGAGAGACCUGCUGCUCACAGGGUCAGUACUACUUUUCUCUGUCUGUAUCUUUAAUUCUGAUUCAAGGCAGGUUUAAAAAGAUUGUGUUUUGUGGUGUGUGUGUGCAGGCACGAGGAUGGGACGGUGCGUUUCUGGGAUGCCUCAGGGGUCUGCCUGUAUCCCAUGUACAAGUUAAGCACAGCAGGAGUUUUCCACACAGACGCCGACCCCAACGAUAACAUGAACCAAGGCUCUGAAGGAGAGUGGCCGCCAUUCAGAAAGGUAUGAAGCUUUAUUCCCUUCGUUGAAACGUGUCAAUGAAAAGACCAUCUGAGCUCUUUUUUUGCUGUUGAAAUGGAUGAAACUAGAAAAUGUCACUACUGAUAUUAGAAUUAAUUGUACUCGGCUGUGAGAGGGUUGGACUGAGUCUUGGUUUUUCAUCACAAGUAAUCUCCAGCUACAUAAAAACCUAAACUACACUUUUGAGUCUGGAUUUUAGUCCAGGAAGUGUCCUGUCUUCUGUUUCUGCUUGUUUCAGCAGGUUUGGGUGUAUGAAGGGAAACAGUCUGUAUGGAGAGCAAAAGCAGAAGGAACAUAACCUCAGACAAAAACAUUUCAGCUUCUUUUGGCUUUGACCUGAAAAUGACAUAUUUCACUCUAUAAACAGAUAUUUGCAAGUGCAGCUAACAAUCUGAGACACUGAGACAUAAACCUAUUUGAUGCUGUCUCACUGAGCCAAGUCUUUUUUCCUCCUCUUGAGGACAGACCUGAACAAAACAUAGCUUUUGACUGUUACUAAUUUGCAUCAUGAUGUUAUUAAAGCAAACUUAAUACCCAUUCAGUACAAAAAAACCUCACAAACAUCAGUUUCUCUUUGAGAUUCGUACCACAAAAGAAAACCAAAGUCAUACUGAUUGUUUGAAGCGAUACCUUUUGAUGAUUUUCUUUUUACCAAAGCUUUUCUUUCAGCUGUUUUUCAGUCUGUUGUACCUAACAGUAUUUCCACAUCUCCAGGUGGGCUGUUUCGACCCGUACAGCGACGACCCACGGCUCGGCGUUCAGAAGAUCCACCUUUGUAAAUACAGCGGGUAUCUGACUGUGGCAGGUACAGCUGGACAGGUGAGCGGACUGCUGAACAUUCAUACCAUGAUAGUAAAUGUAGGGUUUUUUAGUAUUUUUUAAAGAUGUGUCCAGAGCUGACUCCUGAAAGUGAUCGUGAUGACUGAGCUUGAUGUGCAAAAGAUACUGUCUGGUUUGAGUUGUUUUUAAGGACAUGAUGAUAAAACAUUCAGUAUUAAAAAAAAGAUUUUUCCAUGGUUAGAGUGUAGGAUAUUUGUUGUUCCGGGUGUUGUUAAGUUGAGAAAACUGGUCUGAGACUCCAAACAGCACAAGUAGGGGAUUAGCUUUAUUACUGUACGCAAAAUUUCUGAAAGAAUCCAGGAAAUACUGGUCCACAAAUCAAUCAAAGUAUGUAUUUGACCUCAAUUUUUUCCACCAGACUGUAUCCAACAUGUUAUAUUUCAAAAAUGAACUGUAACAAUUAUGUGUUACAUAAAAACCCAAUGUACUAUUUUCGCCAAUAACGAUAAACCCAUCAUUUGUCCCUUUUGGUUUAUAUUCAGGUUCAUGUAAAGAGAAAAGUUGAUUCUCUGUAACAUUUGUUCCUGUUUGAGCACUUCUGUUUUAGGUUAAAAAGACAAUGAGAAGUCAGUCUAGACAGAAGUAAAUAUAAUAGUAAUAGUUGAACUGUGAUAUUUAUUUCCCUCUACUCGGUUUAAAACUGCUGAUCAAUAUAGAAACUUCACAGGGGAAUCAACAAAAAUAGAUAGCAGGAAGAAUGAAAGUGUGCGAAGGUGUGUCCUUUAACUUUGAGCUUUUAUUCUGAAGGUCUCUGGUCUGAUUGUGAACCUGUUUUUCUUGGUGUCUCCUUUGCCAGAUUCUGGUGCUUGAACUAAACGACGAGGCCGCCGACCAGAUUGUGGAGGCUAAAGUUGUGGACCUGCUGCAGGGCCAGGAGGGCUUCCGCUGGAAGGUGACAAACAAUCACGAACCAGUUACUUCAGAAUUAAAACAGUUUUAAAAGCUGUAUCUUAAUCAGCUGUGGAUAACUGUUGUUUUUUUGCCGAUCAGGGCCACACUCGGCUGGAUGUGCGAGAGGAGCCGGUCCAGUUUCCUCCAGGCUUCCAGCCCUUUGCUCUGGUCCAGUGUCAGCCCCCCGCUGUGGUCACCGCUCUCACCCUGCACUCGGAGUGGAAGCUUGUCGCUUUCGGGACCAGUCACGGUUUCGGCCUCUACGACUACCAACAAAAGAGCAACAUCCUCGUCAAGUAAGAAAACUGAGAGAAAGAGAAUCAAGAGGAUUUUUAGUAUUCAGUACUGGAGCCUUUUAAACCUCAAUUUGGGGUCUAAAUCAAACUCUUAAGUUUGCAAACAGACCCGACAGAUUCAGGUUCAUCUGGUGCUUCGGUUAGCUUGUGUUUCUGACACUGUAUGUAUUUAUGCUUCUCAGCUUACAUUGUUUAAUAUCUGAACUCGUUUUUUCCAACCGCAGAUGCACCCUGAACCCCAGUGACCAGCUGGCGAUGGAGGGUCCUCUCUCCAGGGUGAAGAGCAUAAAGAAAUCCCUCCGACAGUCUUUCAGAAGAAUCAGACGCAGCAGAGUCUCGCUAAGGAAACAUCACGUCAACAACGCAGCCAAGGUAGAUCAGUAUAUAAGUGAUCUUCUGGGAUUUGUAGAAGCUAACAGAAAGUGGACUCAGCCUUGUUUAUCUGCUCUGACACCUUUUUGUUAAUAAUAAUAAUCUUCACUCUCACGUGUGUGAAGCUCCAGGAGGCGAACGCUCGCCUGGAGGCCGAGCUGGCAGAGAUGGAGCUCGCCCCCGUCCAAAGAAAGAUCGAGGCUCGCUCCUCUGACGACUCCUUCACGGGCCUCGUGCGGACGCUCUACUUCGCCGACACCUUCCUCACAGACAGUGAGUAACACAGCCGACAUCCAAAAGUGUCAAAUAAAACAAACAAACACUCGAGCCUUCUCACGUAUUUCUGCAGGUUCACAUAACACACCCUCCCUAUGGGCGGGGACCAACGGUGGCUGUGUGUUUGCGUACAUGCUCCGCCUCCCUCCUGUCGAGCACAGAGCAGAUGAACAGGUCACCGCACAGCCAGGUGAGGAGAAGCUCCUGAUGACUGUUUUUUAAGAGUGUUUUCUCAUCGUCACCUCUGACAUCCUUCUUUAUCUCUUUCCUCUUCUUUUACAGCUAAAGAGAUCCAGCUGAUGCACCGGGCGCCUGUCGUGGGUAUUGUGGUGCUGGACGGUCACGGAGCUCCUCUCCCCGAGCCUCUGGAGGUGGCCCACGACCUGGCUCGCUCACCCGACAUGCAGGGCUCGCACCACCUCCUCGUCAUAUCCGAGGAACAGUUUAAGGUCAGAAAUUAACAAACAAAGAGUCACAGAACAACAGCUGAUACGAUACAAUCUUCAACCAGUGCUCGUGUGUCUUCAGGUAUUCACGUUGCCAAAGGUGAGCGCUAAGAUGAAGUUAAAGCUCACGGCUGUGGACGGCUCCAGAGUACGGAGAGUGGGGGUGUCCUGGUUCGGCAGCAGUAAAUCAGAGGAGUACGGCGAGAGCGGCCUGGUGGUCCUGACCAAUCAGGGCGACGUCCACGUGGUGUCGCUGCCAUCAGUCAAGAUGCAGGUUCAGUACCCCUGCAUCCGCCGAGAGGACGUCAGCGGCAUCGCCUCCUGCGUCUUCACCAAGCACGGCCAGGGUAAAUUCAUACCUCCACAAGUGUCGUGACAUUUCUGACAGCUCUAAGGAAGAUAAAGACACCAAAAGGACUUUAAAACCAUCAGUAUUUGUUUACCUGUGAGUAAGGAUAGUUAGUGAUGCAGAGAAAAGAGCAGAGAGAGACACAGCAAGCAGAGAGAAGUGUGACUUCUGCGGCAAACAAACAAAAUCCAGCACCUUACUGCACAUUUGUUCAAGGAUUUAAGGAUAACUCAUUGUCACGGUAACACAUGCUGUGAUGAGGUGGGAUGAAACUUUACACUCGGGUCCCAGUUGAAGCCAAAAAAGAAUUUCAGAAGCCUUAAAAGAAAAGAGACAGUCAAGCAAGUAAAGGUUAAAACAUACAGGAUCGUACUGAGCGUGUAACGUCAGCCUUGCGAAUCACGCAGCAGAUCCGUUCCCAUUCUAAUCAAUGCAACAUCACAUACAGGACGCGUAUCAGCUCUGUAUCAGAAGCGUAUUGAGCGCGGCUCUGCUAAAGAAAUGCACCGAGUCUAUUUUUUCUACUCUACGCUCCCAACACGUGUCAAUCCUUACAGAGAAGAUCGUCCUAGACGGGAUGUCAAACACGAAAACCGUCAUUAUCCAGUAUUUCAUAAAAAAACACCAUAUGCGAACUCCCGACUGUGUAUCAGUUUGUGUAGAUGAGAAAUACUUCCUGGUUAUGGAUUUAUCAGUAACACAGAACAAUCCGAUGGAUAAUCCCUGAUCCAUGUGGACCCCAACAAGACUUUUAACUGCUAACUAACGAACAUAGUUUACUUUAUUUAACACGAGUAAACCUGCAAAAACCGAAACUGUACAAUCACGUUGCUUUUUCACAUAUAGUAGAAGCUCAACAGUCACUGAAUUAUAUCCAAAUUAGCAGGAAAUCGACCACAGAAAGGCAAAACAACCUGUUGUGAGCAUGUUGUUUCCUCUAUACUGAGCCCAGCUGACCAGGGCUGCACUACGCUGCUGCUACGCUCCAAAUACGCAUCCUGUGUGCCAUAGACAGAGCUGCUCGACGGAGCAGAGAUGCAACACUGAUGGAAUGCACUCAACAUGGAUCCUGUACGUUUUUGGCUUAAGAAUGAAAAACAAACAUCGAAGAAAGUAACUAAAUAAGCAUAAGUACAGGACAGUUUCAUGCAGAAAUGUGUGUGGAAGUUCUACAGAGCAUGAUUGAUGUGACAAAACCAGAAAAUCUGUCAUCAGCUGGUUUGAAUAUUACUUUGCGCUGAUGGAUAUACUGACCUCUUUUUCCCCCCUCAGGCUUCUACUUGAUCUCUCCCUCCGAGUUUGAGCGCUUCUCUCUGUCCACACGCUUCGUGGUGGAGCCUCGCUGUCUAGUCGAGCUUCCUCUUCAACCGGGCUCCGCCAAACGUAGGAUUCACUCUGACGGAGGGUCAUCAACUCUCAGGUAUGUCCUGACACUUCAGUUUUCCACUGGAUCAUAAACAAACUCAACCUUUUUUUUUUUCAUCCCUCAUGAGCCUUUAUUUUCUCUCUCUUUCUAGAAGCACCAGACUCGACAGUGAAGACGCAGGUAAAAUGUCUCUCAGGGAACAUGAGCUUCAUUCUUCAUCGUGCUUGUGCUGUUGGCCGAAAGAACACUACAAAUCUGGUUGUCGUGUUGUGUUUGAUGCUGUUCAACUCUGUGCUUUUGCUGUCUGUCUGUCUGUAUUCACACACACUCACAUACACACACACUUUGUUUGUGGCUGAUGUACUGACGUGUCCUCUGCCUGCUGCCUGUGUGUUCCAGAGAGUGCAGCUAGACGUGUAAUGGAGCAUGCUUUGCUGAAUGACGAGCGUGAGUACCGGAGAGAAAAACAGAGUAGAGCGAAAAUCUUAAGAGGAGGAAGACUUUUCUGUCUCUUGAUUUGAAUCAUUCAUGUUUGGCUUCAGCUGAAACAGCCUCAUGUUCUGCCUCUCCUAACUGGUGUGUCAGCUUUUCUGCUCCCUUUAUCAUCAUCAGACACACCUUCAUCAGCAAGUGUUGACCAAACAUCGUCCCAUCGCAUGAUUGUACAACUCCUGUUAGAUUCCAGGACACAGUGCUGCUGUUAAGACCGGGAUUAAAAGAAAACAAAGUUCACUCACCUUUCUGUUUUCUUUUUCUCUCAGAGGUACUUCAAGAGAUCCAGAAGUCACUAGAAGGAGACCAAACGUAAGAAUCUGACACUGUCAAAUUAUAGAGAGCUGUCUGUUUUUGUCUGAUUUCACACCUGAUUUACCUCCAAGGUCGCAUCAGUCUCUUUUAGAGAUGCAUACAUCUUUGUUUUCCAUUUUUUUUUCCCCAUGAAUAAUUCAUACAGUGUGUAAAUUUGCAGAAAUUAGCCGUACUCUUCUAGCAGAUCGUGCUCUGUAUAUCAAACUAAUCACACUUUUCCUGUACAGAACAAAAAUGCACAUUGAAAGCCAUUUUAACUGCAAUUUUUGAUUAUAUCGCCCUUACAGACAAAAACAUGCUUUGUCUAAUGAUGUGCUUUUAUUUGCUUUUUUCUGUUUUCUAGCAGAUUACAUCAUUUUCCUAUUUUAGUCUUUUGUGGCAAAAGAAACCAAAAUGCUUGAUCACCACUGGGGACACUAUUCAGGCUGCUAAAGGCCGGUGUAAAAUAAAGGGUAAAUUCUAAAAAAAGACAGGAUGUGUUUAUAUACAGUGCUCAGCAUAAAUGAGUACACCCCUUCAGAGUUGUCAGAAAACUUUGAGUUUUCUUUCAAAAUCAACAUUUUCUAUGUCAGACAAACAAAAUACUCCCUACAAAAGCAGGCCAUUGAUUGCAAACAAGAUUUUGAAGUUGCAUACAAAAAUGUAUUUUUUUUUUUUUCAAUUUAAAAUCAGGAUGUAAAAAUGAGUACACCCCAAUCAAAGUUCUGAGAGCAAGGCUAAAUUUUAGUUACCAUAUCACCCUCAUUUUCAUCUUAGGGUUAAUAAAAUGUUAUGUUAAACUCGGCUUUGUCAAAAUUUUGUAAAUUGUACUUUUGAUGUUGUCACAUAAGUACAUCUCUAUUUCUUUUUGGCAGCUGACACUCCAUUUUUCCCUCAGGCUCGUAAAUGUGACUGUUGUAUUAUUAUCAUUAUUAUUAUUAAAAUUCCUGUUAGAAACUUUCUGUCUGCGUCAAAUUUGGCGCCCCCUGCUGACAGAACAGUAUUUGCUUAACUUUUCCUCUACCCACUCAAGUAGCUACCCCAUACAAAAAUCUCAUCCUGUUGACUUUUGACGAUCAAAUAUAUAAAUUAUUGUAAAUAUAAUAAGUGGAAAUUCUCUUGCUGCUCGGCUGACUUCUUAAGACCCCUCACACAAGUUUCAGGAAUUAAAAACUAUAAUCUUAAAAUCGCCAACAUAAACUGGUCUUUACCCUGCCUCCUCCUCAACUAUAAAGUUAUUUGGAAUGUCUAGACUCCUAUAAUGCAGAUUUUAUGUUCACGUGCUUUAUGAGUUUAUUGAGUGUAUUGUCUAUGUAGGUAUUUGUCUUAAUGUUCAUUGAUAAUUAUAUAUUUUAAUACUUAGUAUUCUCAUCAUCAUUAUUAUUAUUAUCAUCAUUCAUGAGUUAUUAAUAGACACAUGUACACGCACACAUAUUCCACACACACACUUUAUAUACACACACAUAUAUAUAUAAUAUAUAUAUUUUUCCUCUAUAUUAUUGUUGUCAGUCACUAUUAUUUUUAUUAUUUUUUUAAUGUUAUCUUGUGCUUUUGUACAUUAAAUUGUAAUAUUAAUAUUAGGCUAUUAUAGGUGUAGGCCCAUCAAAUAAGCCCAUCGUGGCUUUUUUCCUCUCCCAGCACUGUUUUAUUAUUACUUAUAAUGUUUUCUACUGUAUUCUUUUUAAAUUGUGCAAAAAAUGAUAUGAAAGGGGAAAAAAAAAAAGUUAAACUUGUUAUCUGUGUCGCAGGUCUUUCCUGGAGAAUAAUGUGAAGAAUGCUGUAGCUUGAGAGACAUCACUGAACUGCUGAGGUAAGAGAGGCUGCAGCAGGUUUUUACAGUCAGUCCUUAAAUCCAAAUUUAUUCAUCAACAUCAUUUCUGUGUAUUUUCUCUCUGUGUGUGUUUGUGUGUUCUCCCCUCAGUCUGAAAGGACGUGUCGAUGUAAUAACCGCAGUCCUGUAGCAGCUCUCGCCUCCUGCUCCGUUGACAAAACCACUACUGACCCCCGACCCCUCGCCUCAGUGACUGACCUCCCCUCUCUCAGCUCGCAGAGAGACACCAAAGGGCUCCAGCCAGUGGAGCGGAACGCGCACCACUCUGCCGUUUGAAGGCUCGCUCACGGUGCAGACAGAGGGUGGAGGAAGAGACACCACCUGUGCCUGAAGACCACGCGCUGUACACACACACACACACACCGCCACAGCACGGUCACAACCAUUCAACCCAAAGCUACAUGAAGCACAUUCCUGACAUGAGACCAACGCCAAACUUCACCCAACCAGCAUCUCAGACCUGCCACCUGUUGAGCUUUUUGACUUUGAAAUCCUCCACACCUGCAUCCUGAAGCCUUUUAUCACCACCAGCCUUUUCACCAGGAGACGGUUCGUCCAAUCAAAUCUCUUCCCUCCGCCGCGCAAUCUCACAGGCCUUCAUCUCCUCACACGGACAAACAGCUGGAAGGGAACGCGGGGAAAGAUCUGAGUAAUGUUGCUGAAAAUAUUUCGUAGCUUGAAUUCGACGAAACUUGUGCCUAAUUUUCUUUUUUAAUUUGAAGUAACCUCGGAUUCACACGAUGGAAGCACAUUUCUGCAAAAAAAAAGGAAAAAGGACGUGAGAUGUUGGGACUGAGAGGAAAAAAAUCCACAAUAUGUCAAGGUUUAGUCGGCUGCCAAGUCACACAGAAGUUGAUCAGAGUAGAUUAUUUAGAGAGAAAGUCUGAAUUCUGAGGAAACAUGAAUUCUGGGCAAAGGUCAGAAAGCUUAGAUUAAGUUUAAAAUUCAGACUGUUUUUGUUUUUUAUUCUGUCCUGUAAAAAAAACUUUGUAACGGUUAUAAUCUGUCAGCAUUAGAGACACUGAUUUCUUUUUCUGGGGUCAGACUGUUUUUUUUCCCUCCUCCAACGAUUUAGGCAGAAAUUCAGAUUUUUUUCUCUAAAUUCUGACUUUAUUCUAAAAAUUCUGAGGCUGAAAUAGAAAUUAAUUAUUUUUUAUGUCUGGAAGUUGUAGAAUAAAUGUCAGAAUUUUGACCCGUUUUUGGGAAUUGCAAUUGAUGGUGAGUAAAAGUGAGGAUUCUGGAAAGACUGUUAAAAUACUGGACUCCCUUUUUCCAGAAUUCUGAAAGGAACAGAUUUCAGACUUUUAAUCUGAAAAUUCAGAUAGACAAAAAAAUUAGAAAUGUGACUCAUUUUAGAAAACUGAGAAAGUCAAAACUCCAAAUUAAAUCCCCAAAUUCCAAGAAAAACAACCUGAAUUCUUUGUUACAAUCCUACAAACUCAGAUUUAUUUACUGCUUGAAAAAAGUCUGAAAUCUAACAGACAGAUUGAUGGAUUCGUCCUGAAAAAGUCAGACUACUUUUCUCUGAAACUUUUGUUCCUUUUUCAGUAGCUCAAAUCUAGAAAAAUCCAUGUCUGAUUUGUUUUUCUAUCUACUUUGUUUCCAUCUAGAUCUCAGAAUUAGAAGAUUGAAGUGAGUCAUGAAAGAGAUUGUUUGACCUAAAUAAGUUCAGCAGCCCUACUCCAAAUAAGGCAUUUUUAUUUAUUUAUUUUUUAACUAGUUGAGUUUAUUUUAAACCAGAUUAGUUAAUCCCACUUUAUCUACUUCUCUAAAAAGUGAAAUUUCAUACCUUUUUGUCAAAUAUCUUUACAUUAUUUUGUUAACACCACCCUUACUUUUGGAAAGUGACAGCCUACCAAUGCGAGUGUUAAUUAGUCUUUCCUAACAUUUUAACUGAAAUCGUUGAGUCAGAGUUUUCCUCCUUUUAAAUUCAAACCUCUUAUUUUACAGCACAGACUACAUUUAUACCUAAUAUUUCAUCCUUUUUUCUUUUUUUUUUUGCAAAAAUAGUCUUUCCGACUUUUCAGAUGAACUGUUAAGGGAAAAUGUUUUCACUUUUACCCCAGAAGAGAACCAGUGAUGUAUGUUGAACCACAAUGAUGUUAACUUGUUUUUUUUCUUUUUCUGAUUAUGGAUAGCUUUACAAACUGUACUGUACCUGUUUUCUGCUCACUCAGCCCUGUCUUUUCCCGUCCGCUCUGAGACUCUCUAACCGGCUGUCGGUACUUCUCCACGAUGCUGUAAUUUUUGGGGGAAAGCUUUCUACGUGGUUUUGGUUUUUAAUUAUUUUUAUGUCAACCAUUUUUUUUUUUAUUCCAACGAUUGAAUAAUGUAAUUUAGGAAUGUAAUUGUAAGCUACUUUAGUGAAAUGUGUUUAAUAUAUACAGUAUGUAUGUGACUCAGUCUGUACCUGUGGGCCUGUUGUAACGGGGUUGGCUGCUAACUUAGAUCAUAUUUUGGUACUGUGUCUCAGAAUGCUGGGUAUUUUAGCAUCAGCCUAGAAUAUAUUUUUGUAGUGAACUGAUCAAGAACCCUAAUUCCUUUUUUUUUUGUUUUGAUUUGUAACCUCACACUACAGUCCUUUUGUGGAUAAUUAUUACAUGUUUUUUUCUGCAGAACUAA